UUAAGCGCCAGCGCGGAGAUGCGGCUUAACCGUGGCUCCACCGGAGCGGCUUAGACAGAACUUCCAGAAACGCGGCUUUUCCGCCCGCUCUCGCCAGGCCGGGGGAGACGUCGCCAGCGGCGGGGCGCCCCGUUCCUUUGAAAUCAAAAGCUGUGCAGCUUUAACAGGAGGCUUUCUGUUUGGUUAGUGCCACGAGGAGGUCACCCAGAUGGCGAACGAGAAAGAAAUGGAGGUGAUGACUGAGAAACAGAGAGAUACCAGGUAUUUCUGGAACAAUGCCCCUGAAAAAAGUGAUUAUGAGGCUGUAGAGGCCCUUAUAUCUAUGAGUUGCAAUUGGAAAUCAGACUUAAAAAAAUAUGCAGAAAUGAGACCUAUAACUCCAGCAUCUGAUACGUCAGAAGAGAGCGAUGAGACUUUACUUCCUGGAGCAGCAGACUUCAAUACUAUACCAGCAUUUUGCCUGACUCCACCCUACAGCCCUUCUGAUUUUGAGAUGUCUCAAACAAUUUAUCCGCUGGCACCAGCGCCAUCUACAGUGCAAUGCAAAUCGUCUGCUGAGACUACAAAGCCUGCUCUUGUUGCCCCUCAUAAAGAGUCUGAGAGGUCUCCAGCACCGAGACCUUUGAAAGCUCAAGCAACAAGUGUCAUUCGCCAUACUGCUGAUGCUCAGCUUUGUAACCGCAAAACCUGUCCAGUGAGAACAGCUAGUGUGCUGAAGUACCAGGACAGUGUUUCAAGGGAAGCAAGUGAUAAAACAAACAAUGAAGCCGAGCAUUUGGUUCGUUCAGCUGCAUCCCCUAACAGAGGGAGUCAUGAAGGUAGUAAAUUACCCACUGUAGAAGGAAAAACUGCAGAACCAGCCGUCAGUCCUCUGCCCUUGACAAAGCCUGCAAUCAGUAGAGCCGAGUCUGUUUCGGGAUCAGCACAGCAGUCAGCAGUGGUGGCACCGCCAUGCCCUGUCCAAGGAAGUGGAGUGCCCCCUGUGCCAGUAAUUUGCCAGAUGGUCCCCGUGCCUACAAACAACUCUGUUGUGACAGCAGUAGUGCCCAACCCGACGCCAAGCCAGCAGCCAGCUCUCUGCCAGCCCAUGGUGUUCAUGGGUACUCCAGUUCCCAAAGGUGCGGUUAUGUUUGUUGUGCCCCAGCCAGUUGUGCAGAACACAAAGGCUCCAAUUAUUAGUCCCAGUGGCACAAGACUCUCUCCUAUUGCCCCUGCUCCUGGCUUCGUACCUUCUGCAGCAAAAGUCACUCAUCCGAUUGAUUCUUCAAGAAUAAGAAGUCACAUUUGCAACUACCCAGGAUGUGGGAAAACCUACUUCAAGAGCUCCCAUCUGAAGGCUCACGUCAGAACACACACAGGAGAGAAGCCCUUUAGUUGUAGCUGGAAAGGCUGUGACAGAAGAUUUGCACGUUCUGAUGAACUGUCUCGUCAUCGCCGAACACACACCGGUGAGAAGAAGUUUGCCUGCCCCAUGUGUGAGCGGCGGUUCAUGAGGAGCGACCACUUAACGAAGCAUGCACGUCGCCACUUAUCAGCUAAGAAGUUACCGAACUGGCAAAUGGAAGUGAGCAAGCUAAAUGAUAUUGCUGUACCGCCUCCAUCUGCAACUGCAUAGUGAAAGAACUUACCCUGACGAUGGUGGUAUUAACUGUUGUCACUGGAAUAUGCCAGUUAAAAAAUAGGCUUUUGCUCCAGGUCUGUGAUUCUCCAGUGCCAGCUGCUGAUGGCACUGCAGCAGAGAGGCAAAGGCAGUCUGUGCUUGGUCACAAAAAGUGUUGCUGAAAGAACCAGUGGCUGACUGUGGAAGAGGAAGUGUCUUUUGCACUGGAAAGGAGAGAGAGAAAAAGUGAAGGUUCUAGAGCAGAACAGCACACUGUGCAAGUUUUGAAUUUUGCGAAUUAUUCAUAUAUACUAUAGAUUGGUCAGUAUAAAGGUUAUUGAGCAUUUGCUGCUGAUACUUGAGACCAACUCAAAUUUUAAAUUUCAGUUGUGGAUCUUCAGUUGAAUGCAGAUUAGAAAAACAGCAAUGUACAGGUGCACGCUUAAAAGUCCAGGAUACACCUGUAUAAGAUAAUCUAAAUCAGUUUUCCUACUUUUGUCACCUUUUCUUGGUAGGAUUUCCACCUCCCUCCCUCCAUCCCUCCCCCUGCAUUCUCAGAUCCAGUCAUGAGGCAUGAUUUGGUGCUAAACUCCUGGGCAUUUAGACCUCCUGUGUAGGGUGUUUAACAUAUCAAGUAUACCAGCUUUAUCCUGCUGUCCAAAGGGGGUUUUGAAUGGGGGUUAAGGGCUGCCAUAUGGACAGAUGGAGGGUAGAGAAAGUUUCUGAAUCCUCAUUAGCUUUGUUGUAAUAUUUUCCCAGCUUCUUUGGAAAGCUUUGUGAUUAUUACAAUUGGUUAUACUUAGGCAUCAUGUGAUGCUUCUGCUUUUGUGUUGCUUAUGGAUUGCUUUAAACCUCAAAAUUCUGUAUCACUGCAUUUUUCAUAAACAGAUACAGUGCACUUUUUAAUUAAAAAAAAUGUAACAGUAAACUACUUGGGUUGAUUAAGAAAGAAAAACAAGAAUCUUACACUUCUUGAUGGUGUUAAUUCUUGGUGGUUGAUGGUUUAAUACUAGAGAUGGAAUAUGGAUGUAUUCUGUAUUGUAUUAAAUUAGAAAGUAAAGUGAUUUGAAAAGUAAAAUGAGGCAGUAAGGACACCAGCCCUGAAUUAAAACUAGAUUUUGCGGUAAAUAAUGCAUCAACUUUCACUAUUUCUAUUUUAUCAUAUUAUAUUGAGGACACAUAUCAGAAAGUGAACAGUUUGAAAAUAGUGUAUUAGAUACACGCUUUUGUGACUACUUAAGAGACUUGCACAUUUCUUAUGUUGUACUUUAUACUUUGUUUACAAUAAAAAGUUUUCUUUAA